AUGAAAUUAUCAUGCCCAUAUGUGAGAGAUGAAACCCUAGAAAACCAAAAUGAACGUUUACGCCUACAAAAUCUUAGGUGUACUGCUCAAUUACAAGUAUUGAAGUCGUGUGCUGCUCGAACGAAGCACUGGCAUAUGUCGCCUCUUUUCUCUAAUUCUGUCACGGGCUCAUUACCAUCGAAUACAAUGGAUCGUACAUCAGAUGACAGUGGAUUGACAUCAGAUGAUACAUGGGAGAAAAAGUUAGAUCAGAUGACGAUGAUGACACAGUCUGCUUCAGCAUCUACCAAAACGACUACUUCACCAAGACAUCUUAAAAAACCUUUUCGAACACUCAGUUCACCGCAUGCACAUGGAGAAAAGCAGAAUGAUGAGGCAUCUUCAACUACUGAUUCCUCACCAUUUGAAGAAAAAUUGAAACCAAUACCAACUCCACGGAAAACGAAGUCUGCAGGACCUUCUAAUCAAACUAUUAUUGAAAGAGAUAGCUUGAAUUCUUAUGAUGAAGAAAAUGACGAUUACCGAGAAGAGGAUGAAUUUUUCGAUGAAAUCGAAUAUUCUGAGUCUCCCGAAAAAGACGUUGCUGAUUAUGUAAAUUUGAAUGAACUCUUUCUUCUGGGAUCAGAUACUUACAAUACGAUGAUGCAACCUCCUCCUGCUCUUCCGUUACACAAGCCACCAAGUCAGUGGGAAACAAAAUUAUAUCAAAUAGCUGAACGUUGCCUUAGCACGGUGAUUAAUGAAGAUCAGCUGGCUCAAUGUAGUGUCACCUUGAACAGAAAUAUGAGUGAUAAUACCAGUGAUUUCUGUUCAUCUCCUUCAUGUGGUUCUGGUGAAAGCUCUAGGUCAUCAAAUCGGCAUAAAAGCCGCAUCGAUUUUCCUAACAUUAAAGAAGGAGAUUACGCGGUGCCACCAGAUGCAAAUCAAGAUAUCAGAGCAACUUUGAUCAGUGCAUUUGAACCUGUCGAAAAGUGUGGUUAUUUAGUACAAAUGACCGAUAACAGACUCAAAUCGUUGAAAAGAAGAUAUUUUGUGCUUAGAAAUAGCUUUCUUACUUUAUAUAGAACGCAAAAGAAUCAUUUGAAAGGAGAGGAACCUCUGAUUAAAAUUCCUAUUUCUGAUAUUCGUUCAGUUACGAAACUAAUCAAUAAAAUGGGUUACGGACUGCAGAUAACCACACCGAAUUGUCAGUAUUGUUAUGCAGCUGAAUCAGAUCGUGCUACUGAUGAAUGGAUAGCUAUAUUAACACAAAGCUUACGUACAACGACUAUUUCUGAAGUUUGUCAGCGUGCUACAGGACUUAAUGCUGAUAUCAGUGGAUAUGUGAUCAAGGCAAAAUGCGGUAGUACACGGCGGUUUUUUGCAUCUGUUGUGGAAAAUAAGCUGUUAUUUUUCAAAAGUUCUGAUGAUCGGGUACCGUGUUCUCAUAUGUAUUUGAAAGGUGCUCACAUUUGUGAUAAAGUCAAAAAUGCUUGCGAAGAAUCAAGUGGAAGUUCAGAUGAGCAAAAUGAAGACCAUUCCAAGAAAUUUGAUCACACUAUUUCAAUUGAGAUUGUUAAUGCUGAUCCUGUUUACAUUAUUCUGCGAACUGCUGAAGAAAAAGAUAAGUGGAUCUAUUAUCUCAAAAAAGCAGCUAAUGAUGCAGCCACUAAGGGAACAACUUUUGAGGUGCUCAUACAGCGAAUGAUGGCACAGAAUGUUGAUGAUGGUAGAAUUUUCAUCCUGAAAUUCAACUUUUUUAAAGAAAACUCAAUGUGGAAUGAUGUGCUCUUAACUAUUUGCGAGGAGAAGCCAAAGGAAACGCUAACAACAGUUUGCGACGAAACCUUCAAAAAAAAAGCACUAGAACUUGGUCGAGCGUGUUAUAUGUUUACUUCUGUUUUGAUGAGACCAACAGGAGUGCAAUAUCAUAUUGACCUCGCGCAGAACAUUUUAACAACAGCGAUGUUUAGUGAUUUGCUUAAAAAUGAGCUUUAUGCUAAUUUGGUCAAACUUACAUGUGGUUCGAUGCCUUAUGGAAUUCAGGCCUGGAAAUUAUUAGCUUUAACGGUACCACUAUUUACACCUCGACAGUACUCUUUAUUAUGGUUACUCCGUCGGCAUAUUGAAAAAUGGAGUGAAAAAAGAUGUGAUGAAGGUAAUUUUGCGUUAUAUUGUUUACGCGCGCUCAAUCGCUGUUUAAAUGCUGGUGGACGAACCGAGGGGCCAAGUAAAUUGGAAACAAUUUCUAUUUUGACCAGAGAUCCAACUUCAACAAAUAUGCCUCACAGUAUUCCGGUAUUAUUACCAACGAAUGAGUACCAUGUUAUUGAUUUUGAUGGUUCAACUCUUAUUGGUGAUUGCCUGUCGAGUUUAUGCGUCAAAUGUGGCUUAAGGCCUGCUCUUUUGAGCGGUUAUGCUCUUUAUGUGGAAGAUCCACUUGAGCCUAAUUUUUAUCUUCUUCUCAGAAACAAGCAAAAGUUAUGUGACUGCAUUUCACGUUGGGAACGUGAACUUAUGGACAACAAAUGUGGACGUGUUACUGAAGAUGUCGCUCGAAUAAAGUUGGCAGUUCGACAGAGACAAUAUUGGAGUCAUUUAGUCUCUUCAGAGACGCCAACAGAACGUUCCUUUUUGGUGCAUCGAAUGGCUAAUGAAAUUGUUGCUGGUAGAGUACCAUUAAGUAGCGAACUAGCUGAGGAAUUAGCUGCUGUUUAUGCUCAGUUAAAAUAUGGUAAUAUGGAAAAAAUAAUGGAUGAACAAUUUCGUGAAAUCAUAACUUCUUAUUACCCAUCAAAACUGUUAAAUGUCGGCUCUGAAAGAUUGCUAAGGUUAAAUCUGGAAAUUAAUUGGUCACAGUUACAUGACAUGUCAUCUACUGAUUGUAUUCGAAUGAUAUUAGUUGUAUUGCGAAAAUGGCGAUUUUUCGGAUCGUUUAUUACAGAAGCACGCAUGAAAAUGCGUAGCGACGAAAGUUUAUUUAUUGCGCUUAACGAUCAAGGCGUUCAUUUACUCACUUUUCGGCAACUUGAUCUCAUAAGAAGUAUUCCAUACCACAGAUUGGUAUCAUUUGGUGGUUAUCACAAUGAUUUUAUGCUCACCAUCGAAAGAAUUCUUCCUCCUCAAGCUCAUCCCGAGGAAACCACUCGAGAACGAUUAACAUUUUCAAUGCCUUCAAGAAACAUUGAUCAGCUUACAUGUCAUCUGGCAGAAUAUAUUCGAUGCCAAAAGCUAAUUUGGAAGAUUUCAACGCGGAAUUCUUGA